AUAAGGCCAAUAUAUUAUUUUUCAUUCUUAAAAAAGAUCAGGCGGAAGUCACAUUAACACUUAGUUAAAUGAUCAGUUGCUCCAUAUACCCGAGCGAAGCUCGGCCUUUGCAUGAAUUUCCGAUUUGAUAAUAGAGAUUGGUGGGUCUUGCAACUCAUUUCGAUAUUUAUGCGUGCCUGUCAAGCAAAUUCAUGAGUCAGCGGAUUCUUACUCACGCACAUAGCGAACGUUUCCUUAUUGUCGAGUGGAGUGGGAACUCAUAUUGUCAAUGUGUCGCUAAAAAAGUUGACAAUGUGGAUUCUCGCUGGUUUAUUACUCGUUUCUUUGGAGACCCUACUCCUCGACUUUGCUUCUGGUGGAAUAUGUCAGCCGCUCAACACAACUUUGUUCAAUAGCUGCGUACAGGCGGGUUAUUACAAUUCUUCCGCAUUUGAUUCUGGCAGACAAGGAGAACUUGCAAGUCUUAUUUUCAACUUGCAGAAGAGGUUUAACUGCUCUUCGUUGACUAAUCUCAUGACUUGUCCGCUUUAUCUUCCAAUUUGCCAAUCGACGAAGCUACCUUGCAAAAGUACGUGCAAGAAGUUUCUCUCUGACUGUAGGAACGUAUCAAGCGAAAACGAUGGAUUAAAAGCAUUAUUCGGCGGCCUUUGCGGGGUUCUUCCGUCGACCCGAUGUACGUCACAUUCAACCCAUUUUAACGACAGUGGCACGGAUAAUUCUGAUAUCACAUGUCACAAGCUUGUUUUGAAAACAUGUCAGAAUAUGGGCUAUAAUUCUACAUCUGUUACGACUAAAUAUCAGAAGUUGGUGGAGUCAAGUACUAUCUUCAAUCAAGUCGGUAGCAACUCAGCAAAGCUUCGAAAAGUUAUCUGCAUGGAGAUAGCGCCGCCAUGCGAUAAACAAAACAGCGGUAAAUUACAAGUUCCCUGUAGGUCUUUGUGCAAUGAUGCAUUUAACGAGUCACGUUCACAGUUUAUGAAAGUCUUCAAAAACCAGAAAUACUGCUCAGCUUUGCCGAAUGCAAACAAGAGUAGACAAGAGUUGUGCCAACUCAAGACUUGGCCGGAUAAUGUUUAUUAUCCCAGCGGUUUGUGGAUGUCUCUUAAUAAGCAAGCGCCACAAAAGAAGAAUCCAACGACGCUAACCGCAUCAGAAACCAAAACAACUCAAUUAGUCAUGCAUCAAACGUCACGAAUUUUAAACACGCUUAAAUGGUCAACUCAUGCCCUUACGUCCUCACCAAUAGCUGCCACUACCGCGCACCAGUCAACAAAAAAAAUGUCUACGCCUGCACCUUCUGCUACAGGACCCACCGGUGUUACAUCUGGAAUCAGUGGAAAUACCUCUUCACCAUCGAUUAUGAUAAUCGCGCCAACAUCAACGAUCGAGGUAACCACGCCUGAAACGUCGACCUCCAAAACCGUGUCGCCUGCGUCCACCACUGAGGCACCCAAACCUUCACCAUCGACCAAGGUAACCACGUCUGCAUCUCCUACAAAUAAACCCAGCUCACCUGUGCCUAGUACUGAGGAAACCACAUCUUCGCCACUAACCACGGACAAGACGUCGGCUUCGACGACAAAGGUGACCACGCCUGCAUCUCCCAUUAAUAAAUCCAGCACACCUCUGUCUAGCACUGAGAAAACCACAUCUUCGCCACCAACCACGGAGAAGACGUCGGCUUCGACGACAAAGGUAAUCACGCCUGCAUCUCCUACUAAUAAAUCCAGCACACCUCUGUCUAGCACUGAGAAAACCACAUCUUCGCCACCAACCACGAAGAAGACGUCGGCUUCGACGACAAAGGUAACCACGCCUGCACCUCCUACUAAUAAAUCCAGCACACCUCUGUCUAGCACUGAGAAAACCACAUCAGGUUCGUCCCCGAAAGUGAGCGCGAGUAAAGAUGGUAAAAUGUCAGGAGGAACUAUUGCGGGUAUUGUGGUUGGUGUGAUUGCUCUCAUCAUUGCCAUUGCAGCUGGUGCUGUUUGCUUCAGAAGGCACCGUCGAGUUAAAAGCCAAUACAUGCACAGUCUUAUGGUGGAUAUGGACGAGCUGUAAGAAACUUAACGACUGAGAUGCGAGUCUUUUCUGAUCUUGCAGUCAUCACGUUUUUUGAUGCUGUUGAUUCCACCAUAAGAACAUGGUAUUUCAUGAAUACAAAGGCAAGUUAAAAUGGUCUUCGUGACAGCUUGAAGCAGAAGGAAAUUAAUUCCCUAGGUUUACAUCAGUUUGACUAGGUACAGCAAGAAUUAGUUUUCGUAAAAGAGGAAUGAGGAAGCAAAAAUGGAUUAGUUAUUCGUAGGUCCCCCCAGAAAGAAGGUUUUUAUUCCUACUCUGUUUUGUGGUUAGUUUUGUUGGUUUUCUUGAGAGCAAUUUGGUAUCUUACAUUUGUUGUUUUUGCAAUACACGCUGUGAUUAAAAUCAUUCCUUAGUUCGGAUAGUAUUAUACUUAAUGAGAAAUUACGAAAGGAUGUCUGUGUCGUCAAAUCUUGAAGUUUUAGACUUAAACUAAAUUAAAUGUCAAACGAGAUCACUUCACAAAUAAAACACUUGUAGUGAAAGACA